UUGCGUAGGCUGGAAACCUGACGUGGAGAGCAGCCGAGCGGAGAGUGACAGAGUUGCGGCGGGGCAGAUCAGAAUCCCCGUGGCUGCGUCUCCCCUCCUCCUCGCGCGCUCGGACCGACACACAGUCGCACGAGACUGGCGACACGCUCAGACACCGGUCGGCUGGCCGCGGGUGACCCGGGUAUCCCACUUUGACGACCAGACUCGGGCUCCGCGGGCAGGAAAAGGUGAAACUAAACUACAUUUGACUUGAGAGCGAUGCACUGGCAGCAUGGCCAAGUGGUUCAAGGAGCAUCUAGGAUUCAAAACUACCAAAGCACCCCCUCCGGCGCCUCCCAAACCGGACUACAGACACUGUCACACCGGUGUGCCCGGAGCGCCUGGCUUCCAACAAACCAGCACCGGGGCCACCUUCCCCAGCCCCGCUCAGCCGGACAUCCUCGCUGCUUACAAACUACAAAAGGAGCUGGACUUCGAGGACCCAUACACUCCAGGUGGAAAUAUUUCCUACGGCUCGAGCUUGAACACUGUGGGGUCGCCGGACAUCAAGUAUGUGUCCCCCAAACACCGACUUAUCAAGGUGGAAACUAUCGAAAAGAGCAGCCCUGCUCCGGGCGGCGGUGUCACAGUCACACAGGCUGUUGCUGUGGGGAGUGUUAAAUCUCCCACUUCACCUCCCUCUGAACACGGAGACAACAAGGAGAAGCUCAUUAUUCUUGAAGACUAUGCGGAUCCAUUCGAUGCUGAGCAGGCUGGUGGUACUCAGACCAGUACAGAAAAAGUGACAACGGAGAAUGACGGCUACAUGGAGCCGUACGAGGCCCAGAAGAUGAUGGCAGAAAUUCGUUCUGGGAGUCGAGGAACGAAGGAUGGAUCGGUGAGGCAGCUGCCCCUGUAUGACACGCCGUAUGAACCCGCAGAGAACGGAGGAGACUCAGACCCCGAGCGCUCGCGCUGUCCCAGAGAAAGCCGACUGCCGCAGGAUGACGAACGACCCCCUGAGGAGUAUGACCAGCCGUGGGAGUGGAAGAAAGAGAGGAUUUCCAAAGCCUUUGCAGCUCUGCUUUGUUAUGACUGCAUUAGCUACGAGGGCUCUGUAAAUGGCACUGGAUCAGAUCCCCACGGAAGAAAGGACUGCACCUCUAAAUCACUCACAGUAGAGAUUAAAGUGAUCAAGGACCUACCGUGGCCCCCACCUGUUGGGCAACUCAACACCAGCCCUCCCCCGGUGGAGGAGCUGGAGUCUCCCUCACAGACAGCUCAACCCUCGCCUGGACAGACGAGCUGUGACCAGCACCACCAGGUCCAGUUUGAUGGAGUGGAGAAGUCUCGAAUGUCGCCUACAAAAGAGGGGAAAACUCGCCCGCUUCAACGACACUCCAGUGGUUGUCUGGUCAACACCAAAUUAUCUUCACUGGACCACUGCAGCUCUUCUCUAGGGGAGCGUAUUGACCCCACCAUGCCCUUGGAGAGCCAGUUCUGGUACCAUGGAGCGAUAAGUCGAACAGAUGCUGAAUCUCUGCUCAGGCUGUGUAAGGAGGCCAGCUACCUGGUGAGAAACAGCGAGACAAGCAAGAACGACUACUCCCUAUCUCUUAAGAGCAGUCAGGGCUUCAUGCACAUGAAGCUGUCACGGACAAAGGAGAAUAAGUACAUCCUGGGCCAGAACAGCUGCCCGUUUGAGAGCGUGCCUGAAAUUAUUAAUUUCUACUCCACCCGCAAGCUGCCCAUCAAGGGAGCUGAGCACAUGUCCCUGCUCUACCCUGUAGCCAUCAGGACACUAUAGUGCACCGGUUCACCUGCAGGCACUCAGCCCCUGCAGCACUCACUGGGCCGCCCUGUGGCUCCACACCUUCUCUCUCUAUGGACACAGCCCAGGGGGCUCAUGGGAAAACUGAACAGUUGCGUCCCAAAACUGCUGAUCCGAACUCACCUCACUAGCCAACAGAUUCCAGACCUGUGCUGAAGGCCUACUGCAAACUUUCUUAUACACAUAGACUCAAUGAUUCAGAGGACUUUGUUAUUUUAUUUUAUUUUAUUUAUGACAGACAUCUACUUCAUUACAUCACCAACUGACUCUUAUAAACAUCAUUUCAUCAGCUGACUCUCUUGGCACUUAACACUCAAAGAAAAGAAAGGUACAACAUUGUUACAUUUGUCACAUGGGUGAACAUUCAUCAUUUAUUGUACCUUUUUCAGCAGAGAGCGCCUCAUGAAAAUUCUGUUUGAAUAAGUUUGUUGGACUCAUUUGGUUUGGCUCUGUUGAUGCUGUAAUUGUUUGCGUGGGGACUGAAGAUUGUAAGAGUGGUGCAAGGGAAGCAACAUUUAUGAGGCAUGUUGAGGGAAAUUGUCCACAUGGGUCCCAUCCAGCGGGCAGGAUAUUGAAUAAAGCGGCCCUGUAUGAAUGCUGUGUCCCCAGCUGUGUGGAAUAACAGGCCUGUGAGCCGCACAGACUGAUAUCUCUAUCAUGUCAUAGUACAUGCUGUCUGCGAUCCAUCACUGAGUGGGUGUAUCACACCAAUGACAGUGUAAGUAGCAUCACGGGUAGACAGGCAGGAGAGCAUGAUGGAUGGGUCAACCUGUCUGACACAGUACAAUUGGCUGAGGCCAUAGACCAGAGCCUGUCCAAAUGGACCAAAUUAGCCCGGCUACCCCCGCUUAGAAUGGCUUUGCAUCAGGAGAAUGAAAUAUGCCUGCAUUGUCUACCUCAGAAAAUCAAUUUCAUUCGCCCAUCUGCAGAUCAAUAGGUACAAUGGGAUUGCAGACAUCGAUCUCUCUUUCCUUCGACAUUCCUAAUUCCCUCUCAAUAACGUCUUUGAUUUUAAGGAUGCUUUUUGAAUACAUUUAAUCCAAGAUUUUUUAAAGGGAAAAAACCACAGGCAGACUUUUCAGAUCAGCAAUUGUAUGUAAAGUCACUAGUAUGAUACCGUGUGAUGUCAGUAGCAAAUGUUUGGUUAUUGCCUUAUAAUGCAUGGGUCAAAUCAGUCCGCUAGAUCAGCUGAUUUCCAAUUCUGCUUUUAAAGAUUGUUCUGUGACUGUAAUUUAUUCUGGGGUAAUAAUUAUUACUGAUGUGUUACUCCUUGCCCUCAUCGUACCGUGCCGAUGUGAUCGUGUUUUUUGGGGCUAUUCCCAAUCUCUUUGAACUGUGGUGCUUUGCUUUUUAGUUGUUUCAACCUUCUGCUUAGUGCACGUUUGCAUCGGUGGCCUGGGACGUAGGUCACUGCAUCUCCUGACCAACGAGAUUGUCAAGCCUCGCGUGAGAGACGAUCGCAUUUGCCCACUGGACCAAUCACCGCUCAGCCUGUUUCAUAAUAGAGAACAAUAGCUUUGCAUCAGAAUCUCUCCCAUCUCCACCCAAAAGAUGUGCAAAAUGUGAGGAUGCUGUAAGAAUGUACAGUGUGUUCAUCUGUAUGUAAAUGAGAACAUGUGCACAGA